UAGGAAGAUAGGAAACCAGCAGAUGAUUCCCACUAAUAAUAUGGACUUUCACCAAAUCAUCUUCCUCAUCAUUUGUAGCUUCAUCGUUCUGGAGAACCUCACCGUCCUGGUGGCCAUAUGGAGGAACCACAGGUUCCACAACCGGAUGUACUUCUUCAUUGGGAACCUGGCACUGUGUGACCUGCUGGCUGGAGUCUCCUACAUGGUCAACUUGCUCCUCUCCGGAGAUAAGACGUUUGGUCUCUCACCGACUCUGUGGUUUAUUAGAGAGGGCAGCACAUUUGUAGCACUCAGUGCCUCCAUCUUCAGUCUUUUGGCCAUCGCCAUAGAGAGACACCUGACUAUGAUCAAAAUGAGACCUUAUGAUGCCAACAAGAACUACAGAGUGUUUCUGCUUAUAGGGACCUGCUGGCUGAUUGCUGUGAUCCUGGGAGCUUUACCCAUCUUAGGUUGGAACUGCAUUGGCAACCUCCCAGACUGUUCCACAGUCCUGCCUCUUUACAGCAAGAAAUAUAUAGCUUUCUGCAUCACAGUUUUCAUAGUCCUGCUUUUAGCCAUGUCAGUCCUUUAUGCUCGCAUCUAUAUUCUGGUAAAAUCCAGCAGCCGAAAGGUGAGUAAGCAUAGCAACUCUGAGCACGCUAUGUCUCUUCUACGCACCGUCAUCAUUGUAGUCGGAGUCUUCAUCGCCUGCAUGACACCCCUCUUCAUCCUGCUCCUGGUGGAUGUGGCGUCUGACGAGCACUUUCCAGUCCUCUACAAGGCUAACUGGUUUAUAACGCUGGCUGUGCUCAACUCUGCCAUGAACCCAGUCAUCUACACUCUGGCCAGUCGCGAGAUGAGACGGGCCUUCCUGGCUCUGGUUUGUGGCGUUUGUGACAAGUCCAAGACUUUUUGUGGACGGCAGUGGGAACAGACGGUACCGGGAGCCCAGGGAAAUCUGGAAGAAAUCAUGGAGCAGCCAGAACUACCAAAACCAGAAUGAUCAGAGGGGUUUGGAUACAGACACACAUCCCAGUGAGGUCUCACAGAUGUCUGGAACAUGAAAGCCCUCAUAAGGGGCAUCAGGAUCAUGGAAAAGACUAAA